AUGUUUAAGAAGGAUCCACAACCUAAAGCAUCAGCAAAUAUCAAAUCUUCUGAAAGAAGAAAGUUGUUGACCAAUAUUUGCAAUAUAUACAAAAUUCCCCAACAAGAAAUCACUAAAGAAUGUGAGCAUGAUAUUCUACCUGUAACUACGAAACAAGCUUCUUUUAAAAGUGUCCAAGGGUAUUCUGGAACAAUUUAUUUCGAUGAAACCGAAACACCUAUAUGGUUUAAAUCUAGAGACUCUCAGUUAUUUCCUACCCUUUUCACUACGUGGAAAUGUCCUUUCAUUCUACCAAUGGUUAAGACUCAUCCUCAUGUUAUCAAGAUCCUUUCUAAUGGUGCUGAUUUAAUGUUACCGGGUACAAUUCCUCCUUUUGACAACAGAGCAGUAAAAGGUGAAGUUGUUGGUGUGGUUGACAGUCAGAAUCCGACAGUUAUAAAAGCUAUAGGCCGCUGCAAAUUGAAUAUGCCUCAAUUUGAUUCAGUUAUCGGUAGAACUGGUACCGCUGUUGAAGUUCUUCAUUGCAUGCAUGAUGAGUUGUACAAUUUAAAUAGACUAGUUGAUAUUCCUGUACCAUCUGAAUGCAAUAUUAAUAUACCACUAAAUGUUGAGCAAUCUGAACCUGCUUCUGAAGAGACUGAUAAAAACGAAAAUAAUGAAACUAAGGCAGAGCCAAAAAUAGAAAAUGAAGUCAGCAAUAAAGUCAGUAAUGAAAAUUCUAUAGGUACUAGUAUGGACGACGUUGCUGAAGAAUUAUCAGAAUUAUCAGUAGAAGAUGUUGAUAAUUUUUUUACUAGAUCUCUUCUACAGUCUAUUCAACAAGAUACAAUCGUGUUACCAAUAACUUCAUCAACGUUCAUGUCUAACCAUAUUUAUAAAAAUUUGCCUAUCAUUGACCCCAUGUAUUGCAACAUUAAAAAAACUUCAUGGAAAAAAUCAGCAAAAUUUUUAAAGGCUAUGGAAAAGUUGAAUUAUGUGCAAAUUAAGGGGAAAGGAGACGAUUUAUCAAUUGUUAGUUUAGCCUCAAAAGAAAAUCCGAUCAUUCAAAACUUUGUACCUCAUAAGCCCAUAAGUUCUUUGUCGAAUAAUUCCAAUAAGUCUAGUGAGAAACCUGUUGGAAAUAAGAAGAAUAAAGCGAAUGAAUUAUCGAUCGUUUACUUGUAUAAACCGACUAAUAAAUCGAGAAUGUUCUUCAAUAAGGUAGACCAUCCAUUCUCGAAUUUGUACACUGCACCUGAAUUAAGAUCAUUAUUAGAUAAAUAUAUCAAAAUUCAACAAUUGAUGGAUAAAAAAGAUCCGAAAAAAAUUGUGCUCGAUGAUACGCUCAAUAGCAUUUCCAACUUAGGCCUUGGUUCUUAUCCAAGAGAUAAAGUAUUCAAGUCAUUCUUGACCAAUUUUUCGCCGUUGUAUAAAAUUUUAAAACCUGGCGAAAGUGUUGACAAUGAUGAAAUCGAAUUGAACAAAGGUGAACCUCCUAAGGUUCAGGUUAUUACUGAAAUGAAAAUUGGAAGAAAGGUCGUUACAAGAGUACUGGACUUUGAAAAGUAUUACAUUAAGCCGCAUAUUUUGUCGGAUGAAUUAAAAGUAAAAUGUUCUGGUUCCACAACUAUCGGCCCCUGUACUCAUAAUCCAAAGUUAACUGAAGUUACAGUUCAGGGUCCACAUGGCAAAUUGAUUGUAGAUUUGUUGAAUUCUAAAGGAAUCCCAAUAUCAUUUAUCCAGUUUGAGGAUAAAGUAAAAAAGAGGAAGAAGCGCUAA